GAGAGAGAGAGAGAGAGAGAGAGAGAGAGAGAGAGAGAGAGAGAGAGAGAGAGAGAGAGAGAGAGAGAGAGAGAAAGAGUGACUUAUGGGGUUAUGGUUGAAAGCAAAAAUCGAGAGAGAAAGAGAAUGCCAGAGGAAGUAAGAGAUUGAAAGAGAAGAGAGAAAAACGCACAGGUAGAGAGACAGGCAAACACUCGACAUCCAGACACACAGACAAGCAAUAGACGACAGAUAAUAAAGAAAGGAAAAAAUGAAAUAGAAAUAACCUAAGCCUUAGGGAACAAUAAGAUGAUAUAUUUUUGUUCAGAAAAAAUUCAGAUAUACCCUUUGUCACCUGCGAUCCAAUGCCGUUUCGCGCUAAACAUGUAUGUAAAAGAAAAUUAUAUGUAUGAAGUAUGAAGGACAAUAUCCAUAAGCAGGGAAACAUAGCUGGCGACCACCUUACUCCCUUCCUUGCUCAGACGGAAAUUAAUAUGUGGACGGGGUUUUUUGACAUCCUAGCACGGGUGUAUUUUGCACCUUCGAGAGCCGUGUUUUUCAGGUUGACUAAUCGAGGUCUUGAAUCCUUUUCCUCUGUUCGUCUUGAGGUGCCUGUGGCUACACUAAUCUGUUUACGUUGAGUGCUCCCCGAGAUUUUUGUGUGCCAUAUGGUCGCUUGCUUGGUCUAGUGGGAAGCUCCAGCCCUGGACGUACCUCCUAAUAUUCGCUGUAUAAAAGUUGAACUUAUACUGUGAUGCGAUCUCUCUCCACACGGCCCAGAUGAUCCUCGACGACACGGUUACAAAACACGACGCAGACACAAUUCCUCGUGAUGAGCCACUAACCGAGUUCUGCACCGCCUCCUUGCUAUCGCCUGACUAACAUUAACAGUUGCAUCAUAUCUGGUGGCAGAUAAAAAUGACACUUUAAGAGCCUUUCACGACGCCCGAGUAAAGCGUGUGCCGUUUCUUCCCCGGCGCAAGGCAUCCACCCGAGGGAGUGGAUCGCUCCGGCCGUGUGCCUCCAGAUCGUCUCCCGGAUGGCCGUCCAGUGCAGCGUCACGCGCGCCUUCGACGUGUACAUCGUGCCUAUGGCCAACCCAGACGGCUACGUGUACACGUGGACGACGAACCGGCUGUGGCGCAAGAACCGGGGCAACGCGGGCGGCCAGUGCGUCGGCGUCGACCUCAACCGCAACUGGGACUACCAGUUCGGCGUCGGCGCCUCCAGCAACACCUGCAGCGAUUUGUACAAGGGCCCGUCCGCCUUCUCCGAGCCCGAGACUCAAGCCCUCAGGGACGUCAUGACAAGCCUGUCGGAAGCCGGGAACCUGGAGCUCGUCAUCGCCGUCCACAGCUACGGCCAAUUGCUGCUGCAUCCCUGGGGUUGGACCACCGAGGAGGCGCCCGACACGCCGGAGAUGGCCGCCCUCGGGGAAAUCUUCGCAAACACCGCCCGCCUUAGCCACGGCACGGUCUACACAGUCAGCAGCGCCUCCUCCGGGCUCUACUUCGCCUCAGGAUCCACCGACGACUGGGCCAAGGGCGUCCUGAACACCAAGUUCGCGUAUACCCUCGAGCUCCGGGACACGGGCGAGUUCGGCUUCAAGCUGCAGGAGAGUCAGAUCCUGCCGACCACCCAGGAGGUCUGGGAAGGCCUCAAGGCCAUGCUGCGCGACAUCACCGGCCAGAAGUAUACGUUCCUGUGACGGGCGCGGCCGCGACUCUCCUGGAGCGGCAGCGGUCGGAAUGCGGGGGGGGGGGGGUCUUGUGCGAAUAAGUGGGUUGUCAGCCAAGUGCCCUCCGCAGCGCCGCGCGGGAGUGGCUGGUGCUUGGUACUCCAGUUAUGAAUCUUUCUCUAUCUCUCUCUCUCUCUCUCUCUCUCUCUCUCUCU